UAUAACAAAUAAUUUUAGGAUGAGGAACCUAGCAUGUCAAUGGCAGAAAGUAGUAAAAAGUGGGACCCAGCUUGACUACCUGUCAAUUGACCAGGAUUCCAACUUUGUGUAUGGCUGCUUCAACAACGUUAUCCUCAAAAUUGACUACAAUCAGCAGCAGGUUCUCCUGGAACACAGUCUACCAGAUGAAGAUAUGAGGUUGUCUGACAUUCACUGGUUACCCUCCCACCACGCCCUCUUUGUAGUGAUCAACGUGUCAACUCUCGCUCUCUUCUACCCAGAAACUCAGCUUUUAGAAGAGAUGGUGGUAAUAGAGGAUGGAGUAGCCUGUGCUGAGUGGUCUCCAGAUGACGGAGUUUGCGUUGUAGUGUCCGGAGCUGGUAAACUUAUCCUCAUGUCUGAGGAAUUCGAUUAUAUUAAAGAUACAGAUGCUAGACCUCAGGAAUUUGGUACCGAGCACCAAACACAGGUAGGGUGGGGGAGUAAAGAAACACAGUUCCACGGCACCGCUGGUAAAGGAGCAUCCCAGCAGCCAGUAUUCGCUACACCCACCCCCGUAGCAACAACAGAUUCAAGAGAAACUAGAGUCAGUUGGAGAGGUGAUGGACAGUACUUUGUUGUCUCUACUGUUGAUGAGAGGGACAGUGAUUCCUGCAGAGUUAUAAGAAUGUGGACGAGGGAGGGAGUUCACACGGCCACUAACGAGCCUGUCCCCGGUCUUGAGGAUACUAUCUCUUGGAGACCUAGUGGCAACCUGAUAUCAACCACUGUUAACCACAACAACCAACAUCAGGUGAUAUUCAUGGAACGUAACGGGCUGAGACACGGUGAGUUCCCCUUGACCCUGCGCCAAGAGAACACGUGUGUCAGUGGCACCCUGUGGAACUGCAGCAGUAAUAUCCUAGCUGUUAUCUACGAGGGACAGGACCAGUGUCACGUGGUCCUGUACACGUGCUCUAACUAUUCUUGGCAGUUGAAGCAGCACUACGCUUACGAUACAGGUACCAUAACAUUCCUGUGGGACCCUGAGGAUGAGCACAAAUUCCACGUUGCUGUGGACUCUAGGUACAUCUGCUAUCAGCUGACGUGUAGAAUUAUAACUUGUUCAUCUACAACUACCAUGGUCAUUGACGAUAAGAAGGUAAACACGACACCAAUGUCAACAAUGUGCAUUCCUCCGCCAAUGUCCUACUCACAACUGGUGACGAACAGCACGUGCAACACUAUUGGUUGUCAUGGAGAUGACGCCUGGCUACUGUGCAGUGACAAGACGAUACAGCGUUUCAACAACGUCUCCCACUCCCCUCCUGGCGAGAUCCUCCCUGACGAGACCUUCACUCUAGAGCGGGAGUUCCCUCUUGACUCCUACACCUGCAUCAGGCAUCUCACCAUGGUUACACAGACCAAAGCGUAUUGUGUCGCCCUGGUCAACGAUGUAGAUGCUCUACUUACACUGGAGCUCUCGGACAAGGAGAUAUUUGUAGUGUCGUGUAUGACGCUUGAAGAUACUGCAGUGAACAUGAUGAGGCACCCUGUGUCCGGUACUAUUGCAGUACAGCUGUAUUCAGGGGAGUUGUUUGAGCUACAUGACGGCAUGUUGCAACCGUGGGGCAGUGUUAGUAUGAAGGAGUGUGUCAGGUUCUGUGAGAUGGAACUGGCGGUAUUUGGAGAGGAGACAGUGGUUGUUGGCAGAACCUCCUUCAAUCACCUCUACAUGGACACCAGACUGUGGAACUACGAUUGUACCUCACUCUCUCUUCACAAGACGCACCUCCUCCUGACCUCUCACUCCCACACUCUGAUGUGUGUUGCUCUCAACCAGCCUGCUCACGUUGCUAGAACUACUGAGGGUGUCGUGGAUACCGGGAUCAGAACACUGGAGAGAGGAUCCCGUCUGGUGGUAUCUGAUCCUACCUCAUCACGUAUCAUCCUACAAAUGCCACGUGGUAAUCUAGAGCUCAUACACCCCCGACCUCUGCUCCUCACCUACCUGGCUCAACUUAUUGAUACCUUGCAGUACAAGAAGGUAUUCGAAGGAGUCAGGAAACACAGGGUGAACAUGAACUUCAUUUUUGAUUACCACCCUGAGCAGUUCCUCACAAAGCUGCCAGAAAUCCUAUCUCAAGUGACAAGCCAAUUUUUGGAGCUGUUCGUAGCGGAGCUCUCCUCUGAUGAUACAACUCUCACUAUGUACAGUUUCAUGGGUACCAAGUCGACAGCCCCACCAGAUAAAGUUAACACAGUUUGUAAAGCUGUGGUGGAGAGUGUCUCUGAGAAUGUUAUACCCUGGCUUAAUACCCUUAUCUCUUGUUAUGUCAAGAUAGAUGAUAUCUCUACUGGUCUACAGAAGCUGAAGUCUCUCUACACCACAAACCCUGUCGAAACGGAGGCUACCAUAAAAUACAUGCUUAUCUUGACAGAUGAUGACUCGUUAUUUAACCACGCGCUGGGUACACACGACCUGGACCUGGUCCUACUAGUAGCUCAACACACUCAGAAGGAUCCUAAAGAGUACAUGCUGUUUCUAAACGAGCUACAGAGUUACGAUGAUAUUUACAGGAAGUUUAAGAUAGACGAACACUUGGGACGGGAGAAGUCCGCUCUGAAGCACCUGAUGUGCUGUGAAGGCAGGUUUGAAGAAGUGUGCGUGUUCGUUACCAAGCACUCGCUCCACGCUACAGCCCUACAACACUAUCCCUUUGUGUCCGAUCAGUACAGGACUGUGGGAAGGAAGUUUGCAGCUCUGAUGAAAGAGAACGGUCAGAUGGAGGAGGCUGGGGUACUCUUUGGACAGUGUGCGGAGCUGAAAGAAUGUCUGGAAUGCCUGCGUCUCACAAAGCAGUCCCACCUGGCCCUCUCAGUUGGGGCCCAGUUGAGUCUGCCCCCUGAUCAGAUGUCAGGACUUGCUGAGCAACUUGCUGAUAAUCUGAGGAGAGAGGGCGGCCACAGAGAGGCUGCCAGACUUUACGAUAGGUAUUGUGAUAACGCUGAUGAAGCUGUAGAGGUCCUCUGUGAGGGUGGUCUCUACUCUGACGCUCUGGAGGUCUCACAGUCCCGCAAACGGGUGGACCUUAUCUCCAACAUCAUGUCCUCCCUGAAGAUGGAGUCGGAACAGAGUUACGACAUGCUCGUUGAGAAGAGAGUGUCCGCUGAGAAGUUAGCUGCUAGAAUUGUUGUGGUCAGAGAGAAACGUUCCCUGGUAGGACAGGGUUCGAGGACAUGGACCACAGUGACCUCUACUCCGACACCACCUCCAUCACCGCUACCUCCCACACCUCCUCCUCCUCUCGUCGCUCUGCUAAAUCUGCUAAAGGAAGAAAGAAGGCUGCGAUGAAGAAAUACAGUCUGAAAGAGGGAAGUAGGUUCGAAUAUUUCGCCAUCCAGGAGGCGUUCAAGGGCAUCAUGGCGUUUGUAUCUCAACGGGAAACCAUGACAAAAGACAUGGUAAACAUUCUCCUGCUACAAGGCUUACUAGAACCCGCCCAGAAAGUGGUAACAGCAUACCGGGAGAUAGUUGAGGUGGUAAACAGCAGUGUGAACGUUAUCUGGCCACCCCCCACUUCAGAUGUUGUGGCAGAGGAGGGAGAGGAGGGUGAGGUGGAGCCUGUUAGUUAUCCGCCAGAUAAAGUUAAACUUACUGCUGUAGAUCUGAGGCAGUUCUCUGGAUGUUGACUGUUGAGCGAGGGUUCCUGAUGGUGUUUGUGUGGUCAGGGGCAUAUCCGCAUAUCCGCAUAUCCGCAUAUUGUGACAACUCUUCAAUUGACAACAUUUGGAGUAACUCAGUGACUUAAAGCUUUUAUUUCCUUUAAGGAAACUUGGAUAACUUGAACACAUCAAAAACGAACGUAUGAUUUAAUAGUUUUUAACAAGUUUUAUUUUAUCUUUUUAUCGUUCCAUAGUUUUAUUCAGAAUCUAGGUAUGACGGUAUGAAGGUGUGAACUGUGACUCUAUUUCUUUUUUUGGAAUGUAUCCUUUUAAAGGGUUUAAAGAUGUAUCUGUGUACCACUGGGUGUUUUGUUUUAAAUAAAAGCUUUUUAUUUAACUUAUUACUUAUUAGAUUUAACUUAUUGCUUUGAAUUUUAUCUAAUUCAUAUACCAUUUAAUUUGCUUCGAAUAAAGUUGAAGUUU